CUGUACACUUGGGGCGUUACCAAGAGAGCCGGUGGGGAGAGCGUGUCGACGUGGGACCGGCAGCGGCUGCGCUCGCGAGAGUGAGAGCGGUGAGCGAAUUGAAUCGAGCUGCUGUCGAAUCGCGAGAGUGGCCGCAGGAGUGGUCGAUGUGAGAGCGAGCGAGCGAGCGAGCGGAGGAAGCAUCGAGGCGGUGCGGUCUGUGAGCUCGGGCGCUUCGAGCGGCCGGAGAUGAGGGUGAAAUUCGUGCAAUGUCAGGAACUUCGUUUUGUUUCGGGCGGAGAAGAAUCGUCACGAGGAGGAAUAGAGGGAACUGAAUUUUGCAGGUGCCUGUGGGUGGCGGUGUCCGUCCGGGCUCGUAGGGAUUUUGAUGCCCGUCGGACUUGCCAUUGACAGGCUCUUCUUUCUUCUGCGCUCGGUCGCUCUGUGGGCUAAACCCUUGUAAAGCCCUUUUCUUUUUUCGAGCAGGGACAGAAAGAUGACGGAUUCCGAAGCUGAGUCGAACGAGGUGGUCGCUGUGGUGGAGUGUUCGAGCGCUCUCACCGCUAAUGGGGAUGAUUCUGAAGCAGCAGCAGUGGUUUCACCUCCUAGACCAGCACUGCAUUUACCAGGAACUCUGAACCUCUUGCGUCCUCGUAUGUCACCUGAUCAAGUUCCAGGCUUUAAGGUUCCUCGUUUUAGCAGCAAGAACCCUCCCCCCGCUCGGAAGCCUGAACCUGCGAUUUCGACAAAACCUCCUUCGAAUGACGAAGCUAUAUUCGAAUUGGAUCGACUUGCCGCGUUGAUAAAUCCUCCCGAACCGCAGGGAGCCGCAAGCGCAUCGGCUGCUCUUCGCAUUCUGAAACCUAAAAGAAAGGACGUCAUUUGGCCUCCCCCUCCAAAAGGCAUUCAGGAGUCACAAUCAGAGGCAAAACUUAAAGAAGGUCCGGCUUCAAGCGAAACAGGAGUUGAUGACGGCAUUGCCACUGAAGUGAAGCUGGAUGCUGUUGAAUUUGUGAACAGAGACAGGGACGAUGGAAGUCAAGAGAACCCAAUACCAAGCGGCCCGGCCAUAGUUUCUGAAGUUACAGGAACUAAUCUCACAAACAAACCAGGGGUUGAAGCUGACAUAAGAGGCGAAGGCAAUUCAUCUGCCACUGAUCAUAUCAUUGUCGAUAGGGUCGAUGGCAGUAGUGAACAUGGGAUGGCUGCUGGAAUUCCUGUUACAGGUCAAGCAGGAGCUGAAGGUGGCACCGCUUCAGAAAGUAAGUCAGCUGGUGAUCGUGCUAGUUCGGGAGGUCCUCAGUACGCGAAGCCAUCUUGGGGUGCACCCCCGGGCCACCCAUUUUCAUUGGAAGUUUUGAAAGAGGGCAUCAGUCUCGGAAUAGUUGACGUCUCUGAGAAAGCAGCAUAUAUGUUUGGAAGAAGUGAUCGCUGUGAUUUUGUCUUGGAGCACCCAACGGUUUCCCGGUAUCAUGCAGUUUUGCAGUACAAUGCCAAAGGGCAAGCUUUUAUAUUUGACAUGGCUAGUACUCACGGCACCUUUAUCAACAAACGACAGGUGAAGGGACAAGCUUACGAAAAACUGAAUGUGGGUGAUAUUGUCCGAUUUGGCUACUCAACUCGCCUGCAUCACUUCCAAGGACCAACCGAGUUUAUGCCUGAGGAAGGUUUGUCUAAAGCGGAACGUCGCGCGGUCAGACUUCUUGAAGCAGCUCAGGAAAGAGCAGAAAGAGAACAAUCAAUUUUGCGGGCGAAGAGAAACGCUUCCUCAGCUGAUGGCGCAACAUGGGGAAUGCAAGAAGAUGCGGAGGAAGAGGAGGAAGAGGAAGAUACGGAGGAAAUUACAUGGCAAACGUUCAAGGGGGAGCUGACGGAGAAGCAACAGAAGACACUUGAGAAGGUUCAUAAACGGAACGAGAAGCUUGCAAAUUUGAAAAAGGAGAACGAUGCCAUACAAGCUAAAGAGAUUUCCCAAGGAGGCCUUACUCAAGGGCAACAGACACAGAUUGCCCGGAACGAACAACGCAUGACGCAGCUUGUCGAGGAGCUCGAGAAUAUGGAGGAGACCUUGAAUGAAAGUAUACGGGAGGCUAUAAGUGGUAGGUCUGGGACAAAACGAGGAGGAAAGAAGUCCCUCCAGAAUGAAGACGAGGACGAAGAUCUCAGUGACGACGAGUUCUACGAUCGUGCGAGCAAAUUGAAUGCACGCAAAAAGAAGGAAGCCAGUCAAGUAGUAGAGACUGCAGAAACGCUUCUCGACAAGAAGUCAUCUCUUAGUAAAGAGAUCGAAAGUGUUCGAUUGUUGAUGAAAGCGGAGGAGGAGCAGGACAAGCAAAAUGGGGCUAAGAUGGAAAUUGAAAGUGAUGACCCUCUCGAUCAGUUCAUGACAAAUAUAUCAACCGCUAUAGUGCAAGACAGAACUGCACGACUUCAAAAGGAAUUAAACUCACUCACUAAAGAGUCUGAGCGAGUUGUGCGCCUUCUGAAGAUUGCCGAUCCAGCGGGAGAGGCCUUGAGGAAAUGGGAAGUCAAACAAAGUCCUGAGUCAGUGACAGCAACAGCGGAUCUCGCUCAUAAGAUAGACAAAAGAAUCUUCCCGAGGAAAGAUGAAGCAAAAGAUCUCGCCUCAUCAAUCGACAGGGAGAAGGACGGAGAAAAAGAUAGGGAAGCCCAGGGGGGGACAUCGGAUACCAAAGAGGAUGGCUCAUCUGAGAAGACCUUAGACCUUCGGCCCUUGGAUCCUCCUAUCCGGCUCGGGGCUCCUGUCACACAAGAAAAAUCUGAAGACAAAGCAGUUGAAUUUCAUCACAGGGAGACCGAUGGGACCGCUGAAUUCAUUCCUUACAAAGGGAGAAAAAAAGAUAGAACUGAAAGCAGCACUAACAAAACCACAUCGGAGAAAGCAGGGAAUGGUGCCGCGCUCGCAGCUGAGAAGAGAGAAGAGGAAGCGAAUGGAGUGGAUGCUGAUGUUGCCAGCUCGGUUGAAUUGCUCCUCAAGCAUAAACGGGGCCUAUCUGAAGGUGGUACGGAUGAGUUGACUCAAAUUGCCACGGAGUCGUCGCAAAAUCCUAAGAAGAGAAAGAAGAAAACUUAUGGGCCUUCAAAGCCUUCUUAUAUGACGAUUGCAGAGGAGGAAGAGAUCUGGGUGCCUCCAGCAGGGCAAACUGGAGACGGAAGAACUGCUCUCAAUGAGAAGUACGGUUACUAGGCUCGGGAUCAUCAAGUAAAAUAGUGCUGCUCACUUGCAUCAGAUUUUUCGGUCGGUUCAGUCCAAAAUGGUGAGGUCAGUAGGGGACGGUGCAGUCAGGUUGGAUCUUGACGGCAUUGCAUUGUACCGGAUGUGAUUUCCUCCGUAAUUGACUGGAAAAAGAACAUGCACACAUGCUGUACAUAUCUGUCACAUGGAUGAUCGUUCUAAGAUGAAAUGCAUACCAUGGAUAGCCACGUUGGUAGUAUCUACGAAAUUAACUUCGGACUGCGUGGGGUUUGUGGCCUAUAGUGGACUUAUUCUUCUAGCUUGCAUUUGGGUGGGCAUUUAGUUAGAUCAUGCUAGUCUUCAUACAACACUUUGUGGAAUUCAUAUCUCAAUAAUCUAGAGAGAAAACUAUUUGAGCAAGCAUAGACAACCAGCUGGAAAAGCGCUGGCCAAAGGAGAACUAUUUGUGAGCUAUCUCUCGGCAUUUCGUUACUGUUGGAUAGUUGCAGGAAAGCUGCCUUUCAACUCUUGUUGAAGAUCUCCUAGGGUUGCAAAUUUGCACCCUUUUGAAACUGUCAUGAACAUCCAAUUACUCGAGAAUAAGGGGGUAGAGGCUUUUCGCUAGUAAAUUCUCUUUAUAUGAGACUCUUUGUCUCAUGAUUGACGUUUCUCCUUUAGCUUUCAGGAGAUUGUCCUUGAGGACAAUACAUUUUAUUUUAUUACAAAAGAGUCGUCCGUUUUCAUCCGUUUUCAAUCCUUCUUAGCAAAUCUAUUUCGACCUUACAGCGCAAUUCCUGAAUAUAAGACCCGUACUCUUCAGAUACUCUACUUAUACUGCC